CAAUCAUGGAUACGUCCAAACAACAAGCAACAAGACAAUGUGUUCGUGAAAGAUUUCAAAACAAGACGACCUGUUGAUUAACGCAGUAAUCACUCUUUUUAUUAAUGCAGCUGAAGGUUGCCAACUGACAAGAGAAUUGUUACUGCCUUCAGAAAUGGCUGGACUCGAUGAUGCGAGGGCCUACAUGGCCAAAAGGGAAAUACCACAGUUGUUCGAGAGUUUAAUGACAGCUUUGAUGUACAAAAAGCCGGAUGACCAUAUAAAAUUCCUUGAAGAAUGCUUAUCAAAAGCUGAAAAAGAGAAAAAAAUUCAGUGGCACACAUUUAUUGAGCCUUUGCCCCCUAUACCAAAGGAUACUGGAAAAAUUCAGUCAGAGCAAGCAAUGCCGCAAGAAGAGAGACCUGAGAUGCAGGAAGAAAAGCCCCAAGCCAGUCCUGUUCUAGAAACACCACAACCCCUGCCACCAAUUGCAAAGAAAGAGGAUGGUGCAGAAGUAGACCAAGGGCUAAACAAUAAUGUUAACAUUACAUCAGAACAAUCUUCAGAGGAGCCUUUACUUGAAGUAAAAUCUUCUGAAAAUGAUCAUGAUUCUGCUUCUAAUAUGAAAUUGGAGAAAUCUAUUUCUAUUGAAGAUGAUAAAGGGCUUGAAGAAAAAGGACUUGAAGUAGAAGAAGUCAAGGGGCAAACAUUAAAUGAAGUUGAAAAUGUUUUGCAAAAUGAUGAUGCUGAAAAGCAUGCAAGUGUCAAAAUAAGUGUUCCCAUUUUGUUUGUUCUUGGUGGCCCUGGAUGCGGCAAGGGUACACAAUGCUCAAAGGUCUCUCAGGACUAUGGAUUUACGCAUUUGUCGGCAGGGGAUUUGCUUCGAAAGGAAAUAGAACGAGGCACAGAGAGGGGAAGUAUGAUUGCAGAAAUCAUAAAGGAAGGACAGCUUGUGCCUCAGGAAAUAACUAUCGAGCUCCUUGAGAAUGCAAUGAUGGAGGAACAAGAUGCAAAAGGCUUUCUGAUUGACGGGUUUCCGAGAGAAAUAAGCCAAGGAAAGCAGUUUGAGGAACAGGUCAAGGACUGCACCGGACUGCUUAUGUUCGAUUGUGAUGAUUCAGUGCUUGUUGAACGCCUGUUGAAACGUGCUGAAACCAGUGGACGGACUGACGACAAUGAAGAAACUAUUAAGAAGCGUCUGGCCUUGUUCCAUGAAAAGACAAUGCCAAUGAUUGAUUAUUAUGAAGACAAGGUCAAACGAUUUGAUGCAAGUGGAACCAUAGAUGAAGUGUAUGAUCAAGUCAAGUCAUACAUAGAUCAGUUAUCAAUUACUGACAAAGAACUGAGCGAGAUGAUUGAUGAUAUAGCAAAUAUAGAAAUUGAAAGCAAAGAUGAAGUUUCGCAGGAAAAGGAUGCAGAACGUGAAAAUAUAGCUGACAUUGUGGAAGAGGACACCAUAGCACCUCAGGAAGAAGUUGUGAUUGGUAACAGAGGUUUCACCACAGAUUUCGCAAAGCAGGUUCUUCAAGGAAAGGAGGUCAUAUUUGUCAUAGGUGGUCCUGGUUGUGGAAAGGGAACACAAAGCAAACUUAUAGUUGACAAGUUUGGCCAUAAGCAUUUGUCGCUGGGAGAUCUCCUGCGAGGCCAAGUUGCUUCCGGUUCAGAACUGGGCAAUAUGUUACAGGAGUUCAUGAAGAAAGGAGAGCUUGUUCCCAAUAAUCUCAUAAUGCGGAGCUUGGUCGAUGCCCUAAUUGCAGACGAAAACGCCACCAAAUUUUUAAUUGAUGGUUUUCCAAGAUCACUAGCCCAGGCAGAAGAGUUCGAAAAAGAGAUAGCAGAAUGUCACCGUGUUUUGUACUUCAGCUGCCCGAACGAUGUGAUGGUUGAAAGGCUUUUGAAAAGGGCAGAAAUGAGCGGGCGUGUCGAUGACAACGAAGAAACGAUAAAGAACAGAUUAGAAGUGUUUCAGAAUGAGAUAUGUCCGAUUAUCGAGUAUUUCACGGCAAGAAACAAAUUGUCAGAGAUUUCAGCUGUUGGGACACCAGAAGAGAUUUUUGAGACGGUUUGUAAAGAGUUAGAGCUCUACAACUUAAAAAUGGAUGCUAAAGAGCAACUUAAGGAUACAAAUAUAGUUUUUGUUCUGGGUGGACCUGGUUCCGGGAAAGGUACUCAGUGUGAGAGAAUUGUUGCUAAAUAUGGUUUUUGUCAUUUGUCUACUGGGGAUUUGUUAAGAGAAGAAGUCCAAUCUGGCUCCAAAAGAGCUGAAGCAUUGAAGGCAAUAAUGGAAAAAGGAGAGCUUGUUUCUCAGGAUACCAUAUUGGAACUCCUGAGUGAGGCUAUGAUAAAGAAUAAAGACGCAAAAGGAUUUCUUGUUGAUGGUUUUCCAAGAGAUGUCCCACAAGGACAAAAAUUUGAAAAUGAGGUUGGAACAUGCAACUUCAUACUGUACUUUGACUGUUCAAAUGAAUGCAUGACAGAGCGACUUUUGGGAAGAGCUAAAACGAGUGGACGGGUAGAUGAUAACGAGGAAACAAUCAAAAAGAGGUUGAAAACUUUUGAGGAACAGACGCUACCUGUGCUCGACGUAUAUGGAGGACAAAACAAAGUUCAACGGAUAAAUGCUGAGAGGGGCAUCGAUGAGAUCUUCACUGAUGUUUGCGUUGCCAUGGAAACACUUAAAUAAUCCUGGAAUAUUACUGACAAUAAUCUGAACAGAAUAAUCGAUGGCAUGCUACUUGCUCUACUCGGAUGUAAAUAGAAUUUAUAUUUUUAACGGUAUCAAGCGUCACCUUUUUGAAUGCUUACAUCAUUUAAGUUUCGACAUAUUUAUGACCCUACUUUUUCUGUAUGCUAUUUGAAACAAUUAUGCUAUCAUGUAAAGCACAUCUUUUAUCUGAUCAUCUGACCAAACAUCCUUCCGAGGUUUCCUCAGCAUACAUGUCUCUACCGUCUAUUGCUAUAAUCAAAUGCUAUACCCAGGGGCGAGCAAGUCUAUUGUUUUGAUAAGAUGACGUCACAAUUCCCAUUGCUUUAGAACAAAGACGAUUGUUCUCCAAAAUAUUGGGGGCGACCGCCCCCUCCCCUCGCCCCCCAGGUGUCCGCCACUGGUGAUACCCACGCUAUGGUCAACUUAGUGUUACCGUUUUCCCACUAAUAAACGCUUAGUAUCAAAGAAAGUCCAAUUCUAAGAUAAAUUCCUCCCCAAAAAACUUCUCUCUUUCUAAUAACACCUAUUUGUCAAAAAGACCUGCCUUUAAUAAAUGCCGAGUCUCAAGUAUAUGCCAUCCUCAAACUAAAGUCCUAUUUCAAAUAAAUGCUUCACUUUAAUUUACUCUACCUGUAAUUCAUCUUUA